UGUUAUUCAAAGUCUCAUGAUACUCUGUCUAGAACAAAUUUUGCUUUGGGGAUCUGAAACUUGCUCCAAUUUGCUAAAACUGGAGCGCUCAGAUUCUGAUGCAGCUUUGUACAGGGGCGGACUGACAACUCAUGGGGCCCCCGGGCAAUAGGGGAUCACGGGGCUCCUGUGUCCUUGCCCACACCCAAAAAAGCCUACAAAAAAGCCAAGGAAAGGUACUAGGGGCAUCUCAUGGGCCCCCCUACUGACCCCGGGCCCUCGGGCAGUGCCCGAGUUCUCGAUUG